AUGAAGCUGGUAGGUCUCCUCUCCCAUGUUCCUCGUACUAUUGAAACAACUGGAAAGUGCUGCACUGUUAAAUUUUGUAUGCGCUUUAACUGUCGACCUGCUGGAGUGAUGUUGCCAACUUCUAUGUCAAAGGGCAGUUCGCAUACAACAAUUAACCUUGCGUUUGUUGAACCCUCGCCAUCUAGCGGAUCUGAUACAUACACGUCGUCACUUACGGGCAACAUAGAGGGUUUCGCGAGUUCAUCCGAUGGUACAGUACAAAGUCUGUUAAGGAGACGGGGAUUCGGUUGGAUGCUAGAAGUUGAAACAGAGGAUGGUGACUUUGAUAAACCUCUCUUGGAGGAACUAGACGUUGACCUCAAAACAAUUGGAAAAAAGAUGAAGGCAGUUAUUCUUCCUUGUGUUCGUUCUGGACUUGAUCCGGCGUCAAUUCGUGAGAACCCCGAUUUCUGGGGACCCUUAACUGUAGUUAUGCUCUUCUCUCUUGUUUCAUUGGUUGGGCAAUUGAGGGUCGUCGCUUGGAUUCUUACAAUCUGGCUAGCUGGUUCUUUUAUCGUCUAUUUCAUUGCACGAUCGUUGGGAGGCGAAGUCGCCUAUGCUCAGUGCCUUGGCGUAAUCGGUUACUGCCUCCUUCCACUUCUCUUAAUGUGCGCUAUCGGCGCUCUUUGCAAUUUGGGAGGCUUUCGGAAGUUUGGGAUUCUUAUUGCUUUUAUUGGCACUCUGUGGUCUGCCUACAGUGCGGGCAAAUUGCUCUCCAUGGAGAAUCUCCAGCAGCGCUGUAGUCUAGUCGUUUACCCUAUCGGUUUACUUUACAUCUACUUUUUAUCUCUUUACACUGGCGCCUAA